AUGGAUCCGGAGAAUUAUGACGAGUUCGGAAAUUAUAUCGGUCCGGAGCUGGACAGUUCCGAUUCGGAGCCGGAAUUGGAGGAAGAAGAGGAGCAGCCGAUUCUAGCGCAGGAGGCUCUCGCCAUUGAGGGUACUGAAGAAACUCAUGAAGAUGAAUCCAUGCAGAUCGUUCUGCACGAAGACAAGAAGUACUACCCAUCGCAUGAGGAAGUCUACGGCCCAGGAGUCGAAACAAUGGUCGAAGAAGAAGACACCCAGCCCCUCUCGGAAGCCAUCGUCAAGCCGCUCAAAGUGAAAAAGUUCGCUCUUGUUGAACAAUCUCUUCCGGAAACUACGUUCGACUUCAACUACAUGACGCAAAUGCUGGACGAGCCUAACUUGGUGCGAAACAUUGCGAUGGUAGGAGCUCUGCAUACGGGAAAGACGGCUUUCUGCGACUGCCUCUGGGAAGAAACGCACAAAGAUGUGAUCAGACACGAUCCUUGCGAGAAGAAUCCUCAGCGAAACACGCGCUACAACGACACCCUGCACACCGAGCGCGAACGAGGCUGUUCGAUCAAAUGCACUCCGUUUACAAUGCUCCUGCCAAACACCAAAGGCAAGAACUACGUGCUCAACAUGAUCGACACUCCCGGCCACGUGAAUUUCACCGGCGAGGUCUCCGCAGCGCUGAGAAUCGUCGACGGCGUCGUUCUCUUCGUCGAUGUCGCGGAGGGAGUAAUGAUGUCCACAGAGCGGCUGAUCCAACACAUAUGCCAGCAGAAGAUCCCCAUCACGCUCUGCCUCAACAAAAUUGACCGACUGAUCAUCGAGCUCAAGCUUCCACCAGAAGACGCUUACUACAAAAUCAAGCAAGUCAUCGACGAAGUCAACGCGUUGAUCAAAACUCACGCUGGAGACGAUCUCGAACUCAUCUCCCCAUUGAAGAAGAACAUCAUCUUCGCUUCUCCGGAGUUUUCUUUCUGCUUCAAUCUCCAUACAUUCGCGGAGAUUUACUCUGAUUCGCACGGCAGCUCUUUCCAAGCUUCAAAACUCGCCGAGCGUCUUUGGGGAGACAUCUAUUUCAACCCGAAAACUCGCAAGUUCCAGAAGGAAAAAUCAUCUUCCGAGUCUGUCCGCAGCUUCGUCCAGUGGAUUCUCGAGCCCCUCUACAAGAUCUUCGCCCAAACCAUUGGAGACGUUGAUACUUCUCUAGCAGAGACUGUUGAGCAGCUCGGAAUUCGACUGUCGAAGACGGAGUUGAAGAUGAACAUCAGGCCGCUUCUGAGAAUCGUCUGUUCUCGAUUCUUUGGUGACUUUUCGAGUUUUGUGGAGAUGAUUGCUGAAAAGGUUCCCUCGGCGAAGGAAGGAAAUGGAAGAAUAAUGCAGGAUGCGUAUGCUGGAACGAUGAAGUCGGAUUUCGCCCAAGACGUUGUCAAGUGCGAUACGAAUGGACCACUGGUUGUUUACGUUACGAAGAUCGAAGUAAAGAUCCUCGGCGAGAACUACUCCCUUGACGACGAGGAAGACUCGCGAAUUAUGCGAUGUGGACGACUGUGGAUUACUCAAGCGCGGUACACCUGCGAGGUCGAUCGAGUUCCUGCUGGAUCGAUGGUACUGAUUGAAGGAAUUGAUGAGCCGAUUUCAAAGACCGCGACUGUUGUUGGAAUCUCUGAGGAUUGCUGCGAUGCCGAGAUUUUCUCGCCACUGAAGCACAACAGCAUUUCGGUUAUGAAAAUUGCCUGCGAGCCGAUCAAUCCUUCCGAGCUGCCGAAGAUGCUUGACGCCCUGCGAAAAGUGAACAAGAGUUACCCAAUGGUGAAAACACGAGUUGAGGAAUCCGGUGAGCACGUCAUUCUUGGAACGGGAGAGCUUCAUCUCGAUUGCGUGAUGCACGAUUUGCGCAAGAUGUAUUCGGAUAUCGACGUCAAGGUAGCCGACCCUGUUGUGAGCUUCUGCGAAACUGUCGUCGAAACUUCCCAAUUGAAGUGCUUUGCCGAAACCCCUAAUCGAAAGAACAAGAUCACAAUGAUUUGCGAGCCGAUGGAAAAGGGCCUCGCCGAGGACAUCGAAACGAACAAAGUCAACAUUGGCAUGGAUAAGAAAACGAUAGGCAACUUCUUCAGAGAAAAUGUUGUUCAAGGUUUCCAGUGGGGAACGAGAGAAGGUCCCUUGUGCGACGAGCCGAUUCGAAACGUCAAGUUCAAGAUUCUCGACGCCGUCAUCUCCUCCGAGCCUCUCGCUCGUGGUGGUGGUCAAAUCAUCCCCACGGCUCGCCGAGUCGCUUACUCCUCCUUCCUCAUGGCUACUCCAAGAUUAAUGGAGCCAUAUUUGAUCUCCGAGAUCGUUUCCCCCGCUGAUUGCGUCGCCGCUGUCUACACCGUUCUCGCCCGUCGUCGUGGUCACGUAACAUCCGACCAGCCGAUUGCUGGAUCUCCGUUGUACACGAUCAAGGCAUUCAUCCCUGCCAUCGACUCCUUCGGCUUCGAAACUGAUUUGCGAACACAUACCCAAGGACAGGCCUUCUGCACGCAGGUCUUCUCCCACUGGCAGAUUGUUCCUGGAGAUCCACUCGACAAGUCUGUCGUCAUCCGACCUCUCGAACAACAGCCCGUCACGGCUCUUGCGCGAGAAUUCGCCAUCAAGACCCGACGAAGAAAGGGCCUUACCGACGACGUCACCUUAAACAAGUUCUUCGACGAGCCGAUGCUGCUCGAACUCACCCGACAGGAUGUGAUGACGAUGGGAGGCGGACUCAUCUAA